AUGAUGGAAGCUAAAAUAGCUUCAACAGUCAAGGUUCUCUAUACCUUCGACAAUGAAAACAAGACCAACUGUCUCGCUCGGUGGCCUCAUGUGCUGGACAUCCAGACCGCCUAUCUGGAUGAACAGACCCCAGUGGGGGUCAUUGAGCUAAAGACAUGCAUCCAAGCCAUUGUGUCUGCGAGUCCCGAACUGGUGGCCCAGCUGGGCAAGGAUUACACAGUCUAUGCUUACGACUAUUCGGAGUACGAAACCCCUCUGGUUGGGCAGGGGAUGCUAUCAUGGGUCCUGGCUUCGUCCUCUCCAACGCCAGACGCACCGGCACAUCAAUCCAAGACCAUGGUCACCGGCCGCGUGUGCAAGAACCCCAUGGGUCUCUUUUCCAAGGGUGCCGCCCAUGAGACACUAGAGGUUAAGCUACGACUUGUGCCGGUUCCGACCGUUAUGCAGAGUGAAUAUCUUGACAGCAUGCAAAAAUACCGGGAACUGAGCAACGUCAUCCCUCACGAGUUCGAUGCGCAAUCAUGGACGAGUUUUGUCCGUCAAAACCCGGGUUUGUUGGAAACUGCCAAGGGUCAGCAAUUCGAACGCACCCUGGCCUCAAUGAGCCAUUCUGGGAUCGAUCGGUUUCACCAGCUCUUGAGCGAAGGCUCUACACCUCGCGAUUUCUCUAACUUUCCCCCACCGAACGAGUCGGUCCGAUCCACGUCGCCUGCUCAAUCAUAUGCUCCUAGCCGAAUCUCAACGCCUGGCGGGUCACGGCCGUCAAAUCAGCACCAAUCCCAGAAGCAGGGCAUGCCUUCGAGCGACAUCAUCCGACCAUCGUCGAGUGCCUCCAUGCGGGACAAUGACUUUCAGAUGCAAACAUACGAUUUGCGGAGAAACUCAGUGCAAUCUGGUUAUGGCAGCGGUGGUGAAGACUCUGUCGAUCCUCAGCCACGGAAGAGAGCCAAGGUGUAUCAAGCCACCUGGCCUGGCAAGUCAGACAUGAAUAUCGAAAGACAACCAAGUUCUCUGCGGGUGGCUGCCAGUACAGCGGCUUCCGUGCGAAUCCACCGUCCGACCCCCGUGAACCCUUCCCUGGUAGCUGCCGUUCAGCAGUCGACCGAUGAGCCUGUGCGGCCGCCAACUCCAAUCUCUCGGCCUGCUGAUAUGCCUCGUCGAGGCCGACUUCCCUCCAGUUUGCUACGGGAGUCAUCCAUAACCAGUACAUAUACAUCGCCGUAUUGUAUGAGUGAUGACCAACCUGCAGCGGAUCAGGCGGCCCAUUCGCCGGAGGAGUCCCGGUAUCAGGGUCUCUUUGAGCCAUCGUUCACAAUGCCGUCGUCACCCCCGAUAAUGGAUGGCCGAUUCCCGCAAAGGUCCAGUCCCGUAUUGCCACCUCUUUCUCUGGACACCGACUCUGGUUUCAUGAGCGGCGGCCUGGAGGACCUUCUAGAUGAUGAUGCUGCCACUCCCUUGGAUGACUGCAGAAGAGCAGAUUCUCAUGAUAUCGGGCACGGCAAGCGUCCUGUACGGUCUGCAGUGCAGGCCAGCUCGCCAGCCAGUGCGAUUGGUGGGGCUGCCAAUGAUCUAUACCUGGUGAGCGACGGACCAAAAGAGCAGAAUCGAAAGGACGCACAGCCUUCACUACCUCGUCCAUCGACGUCGGGCGGAUCCAGACCGUCUUCUCGAGCCAGUGUCCGAAUGGCACCAAAGCCCUUGGCACCAGCUCCCAUGUCGCAGAGUGCAGUCGAACAAUUGAUGAAUGCGAUCCCCGCCAGCGACCCUGUCGGGCCCACGCACCCUCCUCUUCAGCAUUCUCAAACUUGGGCCGGCCCCAUGAGUGACUUCACAGUUGCAGAAACCCCGGCGCCGCCGCCCGAGGAUGGCAAAGUCCGGAGUGGUGCUGGGGCCAAGCGCAUGAAACAAGUCCAGGCACGUUUAGACCAAGCCAUUCGCUCUGGGCAGGUUCCUCCCUACUGUGAGAAUUGUGGAUCGAUCGAAACUCCCACAUGGCGCCGGGCUUGGUCGAAGGAGAUCGUCGGCGAUGAAGAUACGGCACGUGAGAUGUUAAAAGACUCCACGAUGCUUUUCUGGCAGGUUUUGGAGCGAGACGACAACAAUGAUGUGUCGAAGUUCAAGGUCUACAAGAAGAGUCUUGUGGAUGCCGACAACGACUGGGCGCAGAUCCUCCUCUGCAAUCCUUGUGGCCUCUGGCUUCACAAAUUCAAGACCAUGCGUCCAGAAAACAAGUGGAACAAAGUUCCUGCUGGUAAGAGGAAGCGUCCUUCGAGGAGCCGCAGAGAUGGACCAUUGUCGCAACCUUGCCCUGCGACCAGGACGCGCAGCAAAGCCCCCUCAAGCAGAGUCGGGGUAUCAUCUCCAGCUCCUACUGAAGCCUCCUCCGUGCCUGAUGGGCCUACUCCCGGUGUGGACAACGACAACGAUCAGGAUUAUGACGUGGACGCAUCCCCUAACAAACGCCGCCGUGCCAAUAGCGUUGAACCUCGACGAUCAACCGAUACCUCGGAGAACCGCUGGCAUGGACAAGACGCCAUGGAGGCGCUUAGGCGGGCCAUCCAAUCCAGUCCGGCGAGGAAUAUGGAGGCCAAGCACGUUCACCUGCAGACGGACAAUGACGACAACCUGACGCCCAAACCUGUGCGCAGGAUGCUUUUCAACAGUGCUCACAACGAGGGACCGUUAAAGCCGCUAGAUGCUUCGUCGAUCAAUAGCAUCAAUAGCUGCUCUCCACGACGCAGCCCUCGAAUUGCCUCGCGGGGAGAGAAGCGAAUUGAUGGAAAGGAGAACAUGGCUCCAACGCCGCGCGAUGAUCUUGAUGGUCUCUUCGAGAGUCCGACAUUGGAUUUCGACCUACCUACAAGUCCGACGCCUCGUCGACGCAAUCAUCGUCCUUCGGCUUUCAGCGACAAAUUCGCUUCGGUGCCUUGUAACUCGCCAACUAUCAACAAGCGCAGGGACGGUGGCUUGGGUCUGUCACCGGCUCGUCUUACUGCGGAGCGGCUGCAACGUGCACAGGAACACCAGGGAAGCCCCCGGUCAAAGUCAAGACAGAACCGGUCUCCCAGCAAGCAUUCUCGGGCUCAUACCCCCGGUAUUCCCUCCUUGGCUGACGAUGGCCUGCAUUCCGAGGCAUUUGAAUCCAUCGAUGGCAUGAUCAUGGACAUCUUCGAUACCGAAGGCUCCUUCCCGCUGGGCAACACGAAAUUCGGCGGCGAAAACUGGGCGGACUGGCUACCAGAGGACUACGUGUCUCCUGUGGGAUCAAAUGAUGAUGCUGCCCAUCCUUCAGACGAUCUCUUUAAUGUGAUCUUAUCCGAUCCUGCCGUCGACAAGGAACACAUGCACGACUCCGAGUUCAACCCUUUUAAUUUUGGCGACGCCAGUGUUCCCGACUCGGGCUUUUUCAGUUCUGAUGCCCUUCAUCAAGAUCCUACUACCAAGUCUUCUGCUGAGGAGCAGCAACAGCAUGGCAGCUUGCACGCAGCGUCUCCUGCUUCAUAA